AUGGACUGGCGCACUGUAUUGGCAAUUAACGAUUGCCUAAGUACGCUGGUAUUGUCCAAGACCGCCUAUGUCAACAAUCUUCGACGCUUUCUCAGUGCCCCUGCCGAAGCCGACAACGAACUCCCACGGAUCAACACCAUUCGCACAUAUCUACGGGUUUUGAAUCGAUCGGGCUCGAGCGAGGCAACCGAGCUCUUCUCUCGGGACGAGACGUUUCGACGGCUACAAAUGGGCCUUGCCACCGAAGAGCAGGACCAGGUGAAUCGACAAUUACAAACAUACCUUGCGAUCUUUCGGUGGCGAUGCCCCUUUGACAUUCUCCACACUUGGCAAUUUGACGGCGUCAAUGCAGACCUCGCGGUGCGCGCUCGACAAACAUUUUGUCCUGGCCAGACCAUCAAGGGGUUGGAGGGCAGGUUGGUGGAGGCACCUGAAGAGGCAGUAGAGCAGCAACGCCAAGCUGAUAUGGUAUCGAGUAUUGUGGAGUCAGAGCGAUUCGGGCAGACAUUCUUCAUGACCUCGCUUGCUCGCUUUGUCAAUCAUGCCUGCGAUCCGAACGCGAAACUGGUCGUCCGUUCCCGAAGAUAUGUCGAUGUUGUCGCAAUCAAGGAGAUAACACUAGGCGAGGAGGUCACCGUCCACUACGGAUCGGGCUACUUUGGAUCCGAUAACCAGGAAUGUCUCUGUCGGAUCUGUAAAGCGCCAUCGAGAUCGUCACGACCGGUGCCAUGCUCACACUGCGGUUGGGAGGGAGAGGAUGUGGAGUGCAGCAGUGCACCGUGCUCGUUCUGUGUUCGCCACUUUUCCAUCUAUGGUAACCCGUGGCCAGCAACAACUUGA